AUGAAAGUUAUUAUACAAUUAAUAUCACUAUUGUUGGUGUCGUACACAGUGUUAGGCGACUUCAGUAUCAAUGAAUAUCGGGAUGUCCUGAAUUCACGUAACUUUACCGGUAAAGUAGUAUUGGUGACGGGAUCUAAUUCGGGUAUUGGCGAAGGUAUUGUUAAACUGUUUGCACUAAUGGGUGCCAAUGUAGUAAUCACUGGUAGAAAUGAAUCGCGAAUCGCUAGUGUAGCCCAAGAGGUACAACAGUUGUCGCCCAAAAAUCUUCGGCCACUGGCCAUUAGGGCUGACCUAUUGGUUAAAGAAGAUGUCGACAAACUGUUUGACGAAACUAUCAAACGAUUUGGACGUUUAGAUGUUUUGGUCAAUAAUGCCGGUAUUUUUCCCGUAGACAACAUUACUGACGACAAUCUAAUGGCUCACUGGGAUCUCGUGUUCAACACUAAUCUCAGGCCAAGUGUUCAAUUGAUUCAUAAGGCUGUUCCCUAUUUGAUAAAAACUAACGGUUCAAUUGUCGAUAUUUCCAGUGUUGCCGGACUUAGACCGACUGCACCGCAGUUGGCUUACAGUACAUCAAAAGCAGCGAUCGAUAUGUUUACCAAAAUACUGGCCCUCGAGUUGGGACCAUUGGGUGUUAGGGUUAACACUGUUAAUCCCGGUGCUAUUGUUACGGCUGCCAUAACCGAUGGUUUUGGACAGGCAUUGAAGUUCAUGACAUCUAAAACACCACUUCGACGACCCGGUUAUCCACUGGAUAUCGCCAAAGGAGUUGUGUUUUUGGCUUCCAGUGACGCCAAAUACAUUACCGGCAAUAAUCUAGUAAUUGAUGGGGGAGUUGAGUUUAAUUAUCCUGGAUACUUUCAAUAA